GCAAAAUAAACUUUUUGUUGCAUUCUAGUGCAUGCCUCCUGUUUACAGUUGAACUCAACCAAGACACACUCAAGAAAUAAGAACAGAAAGUUGAAAGCUGGCACUAGUAUAUUAUCACCAGUCCGCAUUUUCCCACAUGUCAGACAGAGGUUGUUUAUUCCUUGUCUGCCUAAUUGGAUAGAGAACCCAAGCACGUGGCUAUCUGUAAUCUGCUACCUCAGCUGUGACAGAGCCUGGGAGAUCUGCUCAAAUCUCUUUACAGAAGCGAAAGCCUUACAGAGUUUGCACAACGGAAAGGUCUGAACAGAAUAGCCUGCUCAGGAAUAGGAGAUAUCUGAAAAACAAAACCGAAUACCUUUAUAAAAUCAGGAAAAGAAACUGACAAGACAAAAUGGGAGCUUUACAAACUAGCCACAGUAUGCUUUUAAUUUUCAUUGGGUUGUCUGUUAUAUCAAGAACUCAGGGUGACUUUUGUGCGGUAAAUGUGUGUCAAAAUGGAGGAACCUGCCUUACAGAAAUUGACAAUUUGCCAUUUUUCUGCUUAUGUCCAGAAGGUUUUACAGGAAUUGCAUGCAAUGAGACUGAGAAAGGUCCCUGUUACCCCAACCCAUGCAAAAAUGAGGGUGCAUGUGAAGUAAAAACAAGUUCACGACGUGGAGAUGUAUUUCUUGAGUACUACUGCAAGUGUCCUUCUGGGUUUGAUGGACUGCACUGUGAAAAUAAUGUCGAUGAUUGUGCCAUCAAUCCAUGCCAGAAUGGGGGCCAGUGCAGGGACCUGGAUACGGAUUAUGUUUGCAAGUGUUUCUCACCAUAUGUUGGGAAGAACUGCCAUGUCAUGUGUGCUUCAAAUCUUGGGAUGAUUGGAGGUGCUAUUGAGGACUCACAGAUCGUUUCCUCUUCAAUACACUUUGGAUUCCUGGGAUUGCAACGCUGGGGUCCUGAACUGGCACGACUCCAAAAUAAAGGGAUUGUGAAUGCAUGGACAUCAGCGAACAAUGACAAGAGCCCAUGGAUUGAGGUUGACCUACAGAGGAAGAUGCGAGUGACAGGGAUUAUGACACAGGGAGCCAGCCGGGCUGGCAGUCCAGAGUAUGUAAAAUCUUUCAAGGUGGCUUACAGCAUUGAUAGGAAGAUGUUCACCUUCAUCAGGAACGCCAGAGAAAAGAUUUUCACUGGAAACACAGACAAUGAUUCAAUCAAGCGCAAUAUUCUGGAACCACCUAUUAUUGCACAGUAUGUUCGUAUUUAUCCUGUAGUCUGCAACAAAGCCUGUACCAUGAGACUUGAGCUGGCAGGCUGUGAAAUGCAUGUGUAUUUCAACAUGACAGGUUGCUCCGAGGAGCUAGGAAUGAAAUCCCGCCUGAUUUCCAAUGAACAGAUCACAGCAUCGACUGUCUUCAAGACGUGGGAUAUAGACUUUUUCACCUGGCAUCCUUACUAUGCCCGACUAGAUAAGCAGGGGAAGAGCAAUGCAUGGACGGCGCAGUGCAACGAUCGGUCACAGUGGAUUCAGGUUGAUCUGCUUACACCCAAGAAAAUUACAGGCAUCAUAACACAGGGUGCAAAAGAUUUUGGGUGCAUACAGUACGUCUCAUCUUUCAAGGUGGCAUAUAGUGAUGAUGGUCAAAACUGGACUAUCUAUAAAGACAAUAACACAAGGACAGACAAGAUAUUUGAGGGAAACAAAGACAAUAACACUCACAAGAAGAAUGUGUUUGAUCCACCAUUCUAUGCUCGCUUUCUCCGUGUCCUGCCUUGGACCUGGCAGAACAGAAUCACCCUCCGUAUGGAGUUGCUGGGGUGUGAUGAAUAAGAAUGGACAGUGUGGUGAAGAAGGGUAUUGCUAGCCUGUAUCCAGGUUUAAAUACCACCUGCUGUGAAAUUAAAGUAAUAGUAUUAUUAAAUUUAAUGGCAAACUACUGCAUUCCAGAUAUGCUAACUGCUGUACAUGUAGCCAGGAACAGAGGAAUCCUAGGUUUGCUUACUUAUUUGCACAGAAAUGUAACUGCCACUUACAUAUAUCUCUUCCUGCUUCCCCCAGUCAAUCACCUUACAGUCCUUGUUGCACAGUGUCAGUUACCAUACACCUCUGCUCAUUUUCUUACUGUGGUACAUUGUGAAUUUGGUCACUGUUUUUCUAGGUGGGUAGGGAGGGGUCGGGGCUAUGCAAUAUCAGUGCAAUAUUUAACUGAGGAGUAGAUCACAGGAGCAUACACUGGUCUGCAACCUAAUGAACAAAUAUUGCUGCAAACCAUUAAAAAAAACGGUGAGCAUUAUCAUGCCAUUGCAGUUUUUUGGAAGGUAUAUGUGCUGUUAAAAAGUACCUCAUCACUAUGUUCCUGUUUGCAAACAGUGUUAAACAAUAAGGCUGUACAUGGUAAUAUAAAUAUUUUUGGACAGAAAUGAUUAUAAAUCUGGCCUAUCUGGUUCAAAUGUUUUAAGAAAAGAAGAAUAAAAAAUAUAUGAUUUUAAAUACAUACUAAUUCCCAAAUGUUCUCAAAAUAAUUUUGAUCUGGUGUGGUUAAUUAAUGUGUUUAAUUCUUAUACAUGCACAUUCCUCAAAUCUUUUAUGUUGAAGGCUUGUUUUCAUAUAUAUUCAUCAGUUAUUUUGCUCCAUUACCUUGUGUGUUUCAGAGCUGCCAGAUGGCACUUUAUGAAGAAAUAAUUCAGUUCUGUGACUUUCAUAAAAUGACAGCAUUUCAGGAAAAGACACAUUCUGUUUGACUACUCCAAGACUGAAUGACUUUUAUCAUUGGCUUUCAAGUUUACCAAUUAAGGCAGUAUGAAUCAUCAACCACUUAAUGUAUUUUGCUUGGCAGCUGUUUGUUGCCUCCUGUAUUUCUGCAAUAAAAUGUUGAAAACUGUAA